CUCUUAAGGACAAUUUGCUAAAUUAUGGGGCAUUCUUGAAAUCCUCCGCAAAGCAUGUGUGGGACACGUGUCAACGCUGUAGGCAGUAAAAUAGUCAAAUGUUGCGAACACCAUCUCGAUUUUUGAUAGGAGAAACAGAGCCUUCAACCCAACAUCUGAUCGAAGUAUUCUUGCAUUUUCUUAGUUAAAAAUGGACAGUAAAAUUGAGAAAGAAAGGCUACAGCCGUCACCAUGCUCAUCUGCAUCAGCUAUUCAGCUUACAAUCGUCACUGGUCCAAAGUUUAAUUUUCCUUCUUAUCUUCUUUUCUUCCCAUCAUCAAACAUCUACAAGGCCACAAAUGGUUACUGAAGAACAUUUAAUGAGGUCUGCGCAAUCACACAGAACCCUCAACGGCUCAACCACCCUCUUAAUUGUGAAUGCCUAAUUUAUACUCGUACCCAUGUGAACAAUGGGUGAUGGAAUUUUUUUUAUUUGGCACAAAACCGCAUGCACACAACCCAUUUGAUCAAAUGUCUAUUUGAAGCGGUGGAUGGUUUGGAUAUCUGUACAAGUAAUUGGUGUCCUUUCAACACACUGGUGAUAUCCAAAGUAUGGGUUUCAUGGUUCAGAUUUGUCUGGACCAUGAGUUUGUUGCUUGUUUUUGCAGAUAGUCAGUCUACUCAUCCUGAUGAAGUGACAACACUGAGGGCUAUUAGGCAAAGCUUUAUCGAUCCAAACAGUAGGCUUAGGAACUGGAGGCGUGGAGAUCCAUGUGUAUCAAAUUGGACUGGAGUCUUGUGCUUCAACAAAACCCUAGACGAUGGUUAUCUUCAUAUUCGAGAACUGCAACUACUGAAUCUCAAUCUUUCUGGAACUUUAUCUCCAGAAAUAAGGCGAUUAUCUUAUAUGCAAAUAUUGGAUGUCAUGUGGAACAACAUAGGUGGGAGUAUACCAAAAGAGAUAGGCCAACUUACAUCAUUGAAAUUCUUGCUCUUAAAUGGAAACAAUCUAACAGGCUCCUUGCCAGAAGAGAUUGGGAAUCUCCCUAAUUUGAACCGCAUACAAAUUGACCAGAACCACAUAUCUGGACCAAUACCAGUCUCAUUUUCAAAACUCAACAACACAAAGCACUUUCAUAUGAACAAUAACUCACUUAGUGGUCAGAUUCCUCCUGAGCUAUCUAGAUUGCCAAAUGUUGUUCACUUGCUUCUUGACAAUAACAACUUAUCAGGCUAUCUUCCUCCUGAGCUCAGUAAACCACCAUACUUGAUUAUACUUCAAUUUGACAACAACCACUUUGAAGGAAGUAUACCUUCCUCGUAUGGCAACAUGCUUCAACUGGCCAAGUUGAGUUUUAGGAAUUGCAACUUGCAAGGACCAAUCCCUGAUCUUAGCAGGAUACCGCAUCUUACUUAUAUAGACCUGAGUGAUAACAAUCUUAAUGGAUCCAUACCACCCGUGAAUCUUUCUCAUGAUAUCACAACAAUCGAUCUGUCAAGGAAUCAGCUUACUGGAACAAUUCCUCCCAUCUUUUCAGGCCUUCCUAAUCUACAAAGAUUGUGA